GCGUGCACGGCGGGCAGUUGGGGAGCUCGCAGGGGGAGGGGAGACUGCUGCCGCAAUGCGCGCCUCCGCCGGGGCCUGGGCAACCAGAUGGAGCCAGCGGGCUGUGCUUGCGCUCCCCGCCUGGGGCUAUAGCGGCUAUAAAAGCUUUGCCACCUGCUUCCACUAGGGCGUCCGGUUGCUGCGAGAAGCCAAUUCACGUCCUCCCGCCGCAUCUCCGCUGGACAUGGACCCCGAGACCUGCUCCUGCCCUACUGGUGGUUCCUGCACCUGUGCCGGCUCCUGCAAGUGCGAGGGAUGCAAAUGCACCCCCUGCAAGAAGAGCUGCUGCUCCUGCUGCCCCGUGGGCUGUGCUCGGUGCGCCCAGGGCUGCAUCUGCAAAGGAGCAACGGACAAAUGCAGCUGCUGUGUGUGACGUCGGGGAGAGCCUGCUCCCUGAUGUAAAUAGAGCAACAUGAUCAAACUUACAGUUUUUUAACUUUUUCAUAAACCAUGACCCCAUUGCUACAUUCCUUUUUGUAUGAAAUAUUUGAAUGGCAAUAAACUAAUCUAAACUCUU